CAUUCCCAUGCUCACACUCCCUAAAGCGAGCAAGAGGCCACAGGGAUGGGCAAGUGGUGACGAGUCGUACGAGUACGAGUCGGACAAUGUCGGUGGAGGUGGUAGCUCAAACUCGGCUUCGGCUUCGGCUUCGGCUUCGGCUUCGGCCUCGUCUUGGUCAAACGUCUCGGCUCCAGUCUCUCGGCCAGAUGAUGGUGGUGGUGGUGGUGGCUCUGCUGGCCCGGGUACUCUGGUCAGAGCGGAAACAUCAUCAACAUUGAUCAAUGAGUGGCAGCAGAGCAGCCAGCCGUCAUCGUCACAGCCGAUGGCCCGUGCUGGCGCGCGGAGUGUGGCUCGGCGGAGGAUGGCCAAGGCCAAGGGAAAGGAGGCCCGAUCCAUUUCAUCCGAGUUGGAUGCAGACUCGUUGGACGACGAGCUCGAACGUCGUAAGGCGUUCAAUCUGGCGAGAUUUGAAUCGCUGAUGGGCGAGAGGAGAAGGAGGGACUCGGGCACGUGGAUUCUCGACUCGGACUCGGAUUGGGGCUCGUCGUUUGGGGACGACGAGGACGAGGCUGCCGAGCUUGAGGCCGAGAUGAUGCGAAGGCUGGAGCCUGGCGGUGCGGCGUCGCCGAGCAUGCUUGCAACCUCGCCGGCCGCCUUUGCGCUCCGCCGCAACCGUCGCGGCUCGGUCGACUCGCUCUCGGGCUGGCUCGAUGGCCCGGGCGAUGAGAAGACCGUCCUGCUGGGCGAUGUUGGGCCCGGGCCGGCAGCGGCGGUGGCAGCGGAAUCUGCGGAGCAGGGCAUGGGCGGCAAGGCCAGCGAGACCAGCGACAGCGGAAGCUCCAAGGGCAAGGGCAAGGGCAAGGGCAAGGGCAAGGGCAAGGGCAAGGGCAAGAAGAAGCGCAAGAGCGGUAUGUUCCGCGGUAUGCGCAAGUCGCGGUCGCAGGCGAUGAACCCGGCGGCGAUUCGGGCCAUGAUGGAAGCCGAGGCUAUGGACCCGCUGUCGGGCCUCGAGUCGGACGACCAGCCGCCGCGGUACGAGGACAUCGGGGAGUCGGGCGUCGACGGCAGUGCCGGAGCGUCGGACGGGCGGCGCGGGCUGUCAAAGGCUGUCUCGUCGCGGAAUGUGCUCGCGGGUGCGGGUAAGGGCGGACUUGGGGCGGCACUCCCGCCGCAUCUGCGCCCACGGAUGCGGAGCCGGCGCAAGUCGAUUGUGCCCGCCUUUGCCUGGGUCCCGUGUAAGGAGCUUCUGGCAUCGGGCGUCGAGCGCGACGUGGAGAUUGAGUUUGACGAGAUCUCGGUCAUGGUGUACUCGCGCGACCCCAAUUUUGUGGAGGCGCGCCGGCUUUUGCAGAUGCACAAGUACCGACAGAUCACGUGCUUCCUCAUCAACGAGUCCAAGAAGCAGUUUAUGUAUCUCGUCCGCAAAAAGUCUGGCCGCGAGACCAUGUACACCUAUGUCACUGCCCAGGCCAAACGGCUGCACACCCAGGCCAUGGCCAAGGUCGAGGAGAUUGCAGGCAUCAUCCUUGCGGCGCGCAAGGCCAAGAAGAAGAAGGCCAAGGCCAAGGCCAAGGCUGAGCGCGUUGCUGCGCGGGCCGCCGCCGCCGCUCGGGCCGCGGCUUCGCGGCCCGAGCCGAUCCGGCCGAAGGGAGGCGUGCCUCCGUCGCCGAGCGGGCGGCGCCGCAAGCGCCGCUCGCACAAGCACCGCUCGCCCAAGCGCUCGGUCUCAUCGGGCGGGACGCCAACGCCGAUGCCCGAGCUCGGCGUGACGCCCAAGCUCCAGCCGCCGCCGUCGCCGAGUGGGCGGCGGGUCAAGGUUAAGAAGCGCAAGCGGAAGGCCAAGAACCAGAGCUGAGGCUGAGGGGAAGACGUGCUAGCAGAGCGUGCGCGCCGGGCCGCGUGCCGGUGCCGGGCGAUAAAAGCGGAAGGUGUGCGA